AAACAUUCUACUGGCAAAUUGUGCAGGAUGCCCACUCACUAGGGGGUCUCCUGGGAAUUGAUCUUGGAUUUGGGAUUGUCUCUUGAUCGUGUUAUGGUCCACGUUGUCUCCAAGAAACAAAUUCAGCAGGCACUCCUGAGAGCCUAAAUUCUGAGGCCUAAGCACUUAAGACACUCCUAGAACGUACUGGAAGUCUUUGCUGUUGGCGCUGAGAGACCGGAACCUCUCGUCCUGAGCGCUAUACAGAAGCUUCCCUUACAGGCACUGUGGGUCACCACUGGUGGCUCUGUUAUAUGCUUUCUGUGCCUCCAGCAUGUCAAGGCCACUCCAGCCUGUAAGUCACUCGGAUCCAGGGAGGCUUUCUAAUAGCCAAACCAAAGAGGCUUGUGAGGCUAAGCCGCCAGAAGCCAGGCACCUAUCGUAUCUAUCGGCUCGGGAAAAUGUCCCAGAGGCUUGUUUUGAUCCACCUCUUAAAGUGGAUCCUAUCAGGAACCCAAUCAUACACAGCAAAAAGGCUGUUGACCCAGUCCAUCCUGACCUUGCCAGCUUGUCGGUGAAAAACAAGACUCUUUUAGCUGAGAUGAGAAAUCUUCAAAGCAAGCUCUGCAUGAAAGAGUCGUCUUUGCAAGAGAUGAAGACUGAGUUAGAGAGUUACAAAGAAACUAAUGCCCAGCAGGCGCUACAGAUAAUGUCCCUGAGAGAUGACAUCAAGAACCUUCAGGACCUUAUUGAUUCUCUAAUGAAGAUUAAGAUUUUGAAAAACACAAAAUCUCAGAAUUUUGGAAGACACAACCAGGAUCUAACUGAGCGAGUUAUAGACCUAGAGAACCGUCUAAGAGAACACCUGCUGCGAAGAGAACUGGCCGAGCGAAAGGCGGAGCUUCUGGAGAAAAGGCGGUCCUGCCCCAGCAGGUUCUCUCCCCAUAAGAAUCUGAAAGGACCGGAAGAUUCCUUGGAUAUUUUCCCAGUGAAGGACAAUGAUGAAAUCUGCAACUUUGAGAGAGACAACAUUGUUUACUCUGAAGGACCAAUUGAUGGGCAAAUCGCUGGCGACAAAUGUCAACAAGAUUUGAUCCACAAAGAAAAACUAACAUCAGAGUUGGACAGAGCUCCAUAUUCCUGCAGCUGGGAAACCACAGCUGAGCAAUCCCACCACCAGGAUUUCCUUGGUCAGUUGGCUACUCUACUGAGUGACAACAUCGGCCCCAUACUAGCCACAGAAGAAGCAGUGAAAGAGAGGAUCCAGGAAAUGGGGGCAAACGAACAGUCGUGGAAAUGCAAAACAGAAGCCCUGCAGCAGGAGAUCCAGACACUUACCAAGAGGCUCGGGCAGCUGUACCACCUCUAUGAGGAAGCUGCUGAAGGGUUACCCCAGACUGAAGAGAAUUACACUGAACAGAAAAGACCCUUGGGACACCUGGAAGGAAAGACUGCUGUCAACUGCUCUCUGAGGAGCUUAGACGUGGGCAGGAAGAAAGAAAACUCCAGGACCCGGACUGCCCACACAGAUAAACACAGCAAGGUCAAACAGUUCGAGAUGUUAGUGGAUCUUGAGCAGAAUUCCAAGAUGGCUGCAGCCCCAAGAAUGGAGGAGAAAAUUCGGAGACUUCAGAAGCAGCUAAGUGAUUUGAAAUUGUCAAAUAAAAACAUGAAGACUCAACUGACAAGAAUAAGUGUCCUUAAAGACAGAACAAUCGAGCGGCUCAGGCAAUCUGUAGCAAAAGUUGAAACUGUGAAAGAGAAGACAGCAGCCAAAACAGACAACUUGAAAACCCCCUCAGAUCCUGCAGAGCCGGCAGCAAGACCAGACAAGGAGAGGGCCCACCAGGUGCCAGCCCGGAGUCUUCCAGAGCCUUCCACAGUCAGGGGUGUGCUGAAAGGGGUCUCAGGACGAGAGCAAGAGCUUGCCGACUUUCGGGAAACCAUUAUGAAGAUGUUGGGAUUUAACAUGAAAACAGCGGACAAGGAUGUCAUUAAUCAGCUGAAGCUUGUUGUCCAAAUUUAUGAAAUUUCUAAAAGAUCGAAGACUGCUUCUCACUGUGAGCCUGGACCAGCCAAGUAAGCAAGUUCUGCCUCUACAUGAUGCUAAGAAGUUAUAUACAGUGUUUCCUGCAGCACUCAGAAUAUAGCUACAGUGUGAAUAAAAUUGGGAAGUUUCAUCU